AUGGUUUCAACUACAGCCUUCUGGAAGGCUAUUCUGCUGAUAUUCUCUGCAACCUUUGCUAUUGCCGCUCCAACAUCCUAUGAUUCGAUUGGUAUUGUAGGUGAACGAGUUGGUCCUCAAGAUUUCGACGCCGAUAUGCAACGUGCCAAAUCUCUCGGUAUUGAUGCCUUUGCUCUGAACAUUGGAGUCGACCCAUACACGGAUACACAGCUUGGUUUUGCAUAUCAAUCCGCUGCAAACAAUGGGAUGAAGGUUUUCAUCUCGUUUGAUUUCAAUUGGUGGAAUCCAUCAAGCCAAGCAACGCAGAUUGGACAAAUGAUUGCCAAAUAUGCAGCUCUACCAGCUCAACUGUUCGUUAAUGGCAAAGCUUUUGCAUCGUCAUUUGCUGGCGAUCAACUUGAUAUUGCUGCUCUAAGAGCUGGUGCAGGUAUCCCAAUAUUUUUUGCCCCCAACUUUCAUCCGGAGAUGGGAACGAACUUUGGCACAAUCGAUGGUGCAUUGAAUUGGAUGGCGUGGCCCAAUGAUGGAAACAACAAAGCACCUAUUCCAGGCGCCAAUGUCACUGUUGAAGCAGGUGAUGCCGCAUACAUCAAGGCACUAGCUGGGAAACCAUAUAUCGCACCGGUUUCCCCCUGGUUUAGCACCCAUUUUGGUCCGGAAGUGCCAUACAGCAAAAACUGGAUCUUUCCAUCUGAUCUUUUAUGGUUUGACCGUUGGAACGAAAUCUUGACCCUUGGACCGCAAUACAUUGAGAUUGUUACUUGGAAUGACUAUGGCGAGUCUCACUACAUUGGUCCCCUAAAUUCUUUACAUUUUGAUGAUGGAAACUCAAAGUGGGUCAAUGACAUGCCCCACGACGGUUGGUUAGAUAUGGCCAAGCCAUUCAUCGCUGCUUACCAUGCUGGUGCUUCCUCACCAAACAAGUAUAUAACUUCCGAUCAGCUCAUUUAUUGGUACCGACCAGCUCUCCGCACUCUUGACUGCGAUGCUACAGACACUACAAUGGUACCAGCUAGUAAUGGCAGUGGAAAUUACUUUCAAGGACGACCAAAUGGUUGGCAAGAUAUGCAGGACUCGGUAUUUGUUGUCGCUAUGCUCAAAGCUCCGGGAAUUGUCACAGUGAUGUCCGGAAAUAACGUCCAACAGUUUAAUGCACCAGCUGGAGCUUCAGCAUAUCAAGUUGAUAUGCAAGUGGGCAAGCAACAAUUUUUCUUACAACGUGGCACCCAAAUUUUACUCCAGGCUGUAAGUCUCCAUGACGUCGCAGAUGUUUGUAUUUGUGGAAUUUACAACUUCAACGCAUAUGUCGGAACUGUACCAGAUGGACCUUCUGACCCACUUCUUCACGAUGGUCUGGCUUCUUUGACUGCUGGACUUCAUGUUAGCACGUGUAGCGCAUCUCCGUCAUUACCGACUGCUCCCAUCAAGCCAACCACAACCCCGCCGGGAGGAGGAACUGUUGUUCCUCCGAUUACUACCAAACCUCCCACUACCACACCUCCCACUACCACACCUCCCACUACCACACCACCAACCACUACUCCACCUACGACUACUAAACCAACUACAACCACCACAACUUCCACAACCUCCACCACAUCAUCUGUACCAUCUGGUACAUGCGUUGCAGGAACAGGACCCGGAAAUUAUGUUGGGCUCUGUUCAUUCACCUGCGACUUUGGUUACUGUCCCGCUCCAUGCACAUGUUCCAGCUACGCCGCCACCGGAAAUGCCGCUCCCCCCGUAACAAACACACCCGGUUAUCCUCUCGCAGGCGAGGACUCAACAACCUAUUCCGGUCUCUGCAAUUUCACCUGCAACCACGGAUAUUGUCCCCCAACAGCCUGCACCUACAAUUCCAACGGCUCUCCCAUAUCAUCAUCAUCCUCAACCACUCCAUCCGCCCCCACAACCACAACUAAACCCACCACCACAACUAGCACCAGCACAACCACAACAUCCACAACCUCGUCAGCCCCAUCCGGAACAGCUUUUUGUGUAGCAGGCACCGCCCCCGGAAAUUACAUCGGUCUCUGUAAUUUCUGCUGCCAAUAUAAUUAUUGUCCUCCAGGUCCCUGUACAUGUACAAGUUAUGCCAAUACACCCAUUCCAGCACCUCCAGCAAGUAGUCCGUCGGGAAAACCGUUGUAUGGUGAGGAUGAUAGUUAUUUAGGACUGUGUAAUUUUGCUUGUGGUCAUGGGUAUUGUCCGGGGACGGCUUGUGCUUCGGGAUGA